AUGAUUAAAAAACCAUAAUUGUUCAAUUUAUUAAAACCAGUUAAUGAUGAAUUUGAAGAAAUCUCUUCUAAGUUAUAAAAGCCAUAUAUUGAAAAUUAAUUUGAUAUAUCUUAAAGUAAAACUAUCAAAGAAUUAUUAAGAAUUAUUGUAUGCUAUAGAAAAACCAACAAUCAAUACUAAAAAUACUAAUAGUUGUAGAAAUAGUACUGGAAGAUUGUCAGCAUUUGAUUUUUUAAAUUAAAGUACAACAAAUGUAAAUGAAAAGAAAACUUUCUUGAUUGUAUUAAAGUAUUUUUAAAAUGAAAAUAAAAACGUUGUGAUGGCAAGAAAAUCUACAAAUCUUUAUGGGUUUUCAAAAGCAUCAUCAAAACUGAGAUGA